CUGCUUACUGUGUCUUUAAAGUCGUGCAGAGGGGAGCCUGUACUAAAGAAAGGAGGGGGCUGCUGUGCGCCAGUUGGAGGUGUCUGCCUGUCGCAGCCGCUCGGGGUUGACAUUAAGAAGAGCGCAUGCAUGCUUCAGCGAGGCUACAGCUACGAAAUUUGAAGGCAUUGGUACUAAGAUUGAACUGGUUCCAGGCAGACACUCAUCAAACGGAGGAUUCAUGGAUGGACAGAGAGAUACUGCAAACGGAAUUAACUUGUCAGCCGGUGAUAGGAAUCUCUGGAUAUAAUGGGGAAUACGACACCGAAGCCUUUAAUAGAUGCGACUCUGCAACCACGCCCGGUGGCCAGCAGGCAGUACUACACUCUGCCUAACAAUGGGGUGGAGAGAAGAGCGUCCGCUCCUCCGGUCAGCGUCAAUGUGGAGUCACCUCGCUUUCAUCCUCAUGCCAAGGGAAAGAACAUCAGGCUGGACGGGCAGCUACGCCGAGCCACACGCAAGAACAGCUUCUGUAAUGGCAUCACGUUCAGCCACAGGCCUGUCCACCUCUACGAGAAGGUGCGUCUUCGCCUGAAUGGUGUGCACACUGGCUGGAGUGGGGCUCUACGCUUUGGUUUCACCAGUUUGGACCCAAGUGAACUGGUCACUUCAGACAUCCCUAAGUAUGCCUGCCCAGACCUGGUGACCCGGCCCGGCUAUUGGGCCAAAGCUCUCCCAGAGAGACUGGCCCUGAAGGAUAAUGUUUUGUCUUUCUGGGCUGACCGUCAUGGAAGAGUCUUUUACAGCAUCAACGAAGGAGAGCCAAUCCUUUUCCACUGUGGGCUAAGCAUUGGCUGUCCACUUUGGGCCAUCAUCGAUAUCUACGGCAUCACUCAGGAGGUCACACUGCUUGAAAGCACGUUUGCAGAGAGUGUGGGCUCCAGCUGCCUGAGUGCGGCCCGUCUGAGUGCCUAUCUGCCCCAGAGUAGCCAUGACUCGGCCAAUUACAGCAACAAUCAGCUGGAGAAUAACCAGGCUGCCGCUGCCAAGAUGGCUAACCUCCAGCUCAGUAACUACACUCAGAUCAUCCCCUGCUGCUCCUCCACCUCUUCCUCCUCCUCCACACAGUCCUCCUCUGCUUCCACUGGAUUCAACGUCCCAAGGCUGGUCCGAGGUCUUCCCUCCCCGCUGGACAAUGACUUGCACUUUCACCCGGUCCGAGGCUCUGAUGUAAUUCUAUCUGCAGACCGCUCGGCUGCCUGCAUCCACUUCCUGGACAGCAGUCGGACUCUGGUGUUCAGCGACCGGCCUCUGCACGUGGGUGAGACUUUGUACGUGGAAGUCGGCCACCUUGGCCUACCAUACUUUGGGGCACUGUUGUUUGGUUUAACGUCGUGUGACCCCGCUAGUCUUCAUGCUGGGGACUUGCCAGCAGACCCUGAGGUCCUCCUGGACCGUAAAGAGUACUGGGUGGUGCACAGGGGCUUCCCCAUGCCUUGCUCUGGAGACGUGCUCAGCUUCAGUCUGCUGCCAAGCGGAGAAGUGCACCACGGGGUGAACGGGGUGGGACGCGGCAGGCUGCUGUGUGUGGACUCCUCUCAGGUCCUGUGGACCUUUUUCACACUGCAUGGGGCUGUCAACAGACUCAGGAUACUCGGAACUCUGCAGUCCAGUCCUCCCUCCAUGUCCCCAAGCACUUCUCAGAGCAGCAGUCCAGAUGACAGUGACUCAGACCUAGUGUUCAGCGUCAACAGAUCCUCCUCGGCCUCUGAAUCCUCCCUGGUGACAGCUCCCAGUUCCCCUCUCAGUCCUCCCGUCUCUCCCAUUCUCCCCGCCUCAGAGCUGCCCCCUGCUGGAAAGAACGGAGAAUGCACCAUUUGUUUUGACCAGGAGGUGGACACGGUUAUCUACACCUGUGGUCACAUGUGUCUUUGCAAUGACUGCGGGCUAAAGCUGAAGAGACAGAUCAACGCCUGCUGUCCAAUAUGCAGGAGACCAAUCAAAGAUGUGAUCAAAACAUAUCGACCGUGAUGGUGCAGAUGUUCAAUGAACAGAUGUUGAGACUUUCUGUGCUGAAACCCACCUGUGUCCUCUUCUCAGGCUCUGUUGGACAUGGAUCUUGGAGAUUAGCCAUCCCAGGACAAACUUGUGCCUAUAUUUCCAUUAUACUAGGGUUAUUAUUUCUGGAGAGAGGCCAAGCUCCUUAUACCCGGAACUAUGACAGAGCUCAUUACAACACAAAGACUGCACAUAUGAGCUCCUAUAUUUUGGCAAAGAAAAAAGAGAUGAAUCAUGCGCCUGUGUUUUAUAUUUCCAUGUGAUGUCUCUCUAAUGUCACAUGUGUUAACUGAGCAGAAACAUUCUGUGAACAUUUUGUCCAUCCCUCAUCAUCCUAGAUUUAUAUGUGCUUCAGCAGAAUAUUUCGGACCGUAGUCUAUGAAUUCUAGUGCCUUAGAUUUUCAUCACUUUGUGUGUCUAAGUAAUAAUGCUAACAAUCCUAGCCAUAUUUUCAAUGUACAGUGCUGAAGGCUUUUUGUAGAAGACACAAAGGUAAAAAGGUGUUACAGUAAGUAUAAAGAUGUGACUGUAUGGUAAGUGUUCAGUGACGUGAUUUAAGCAAAGGAUGGAUGGAAAGAACAAAGUGAAGAAACUGGUUUUGCACAAUGAGAGAUUAAUAAAGGUUGACUAAAUGUUA